AAUGUUUAUGGUCAAAGAACUUUGCCGAUUCUUUUGCAGCAGCGUGUUCGGGCCACCUAUACAAGGUUACUUACCAGCUCGCUAUGUGCUAUCCAUUCUCCUGUUCUGGGCGAUGAGUCUGGAGUUCGCCCACAGGGUUUGCCUGAGUGUUACUAUCGUUGCCAUGGUGAACCACACAGCUCUCAACAAGGUCAACAGUUCUGGAAGCGCAGACGAUGAAAGCUGCCCGGACCUCAUCAGCCCCAACAGCACCUCUUCUGAUUUACUGGGGGAGUACGUAUGGACGCCGUCCAUCCAAGGAAUCAUUUUGGGAGCUUAUUUCUAUGGUUACGUCUGCACUCAAGCGGUUGGAGGACGAUUUGCCGAAUUAGCCGGGGGCAAGUGGCCUUUGGGGCUAUCCAUCCUCUUUGCCUCGCUGCUAACCGUCUUCACUCCUAUUGCGGCUGAUCUGGGGGUUUUAGUCAUUGUGCUGGUCAGAGUCCUCAUGGGGCUGAUCCAUGGUAUUUGCUUGCCCACAGCAUUCGCCCUCUUCGCCCACUGGGCCCCGGUGGAAGAGAGGAGCACCAUGGUGGCGCUGUGCCUGAUUGGCGAUCACGUGGGCACCGUAGUUGCCAUGCCACUUGCUGGAUACCUGUGCGAGUAUGGAUUCGAUGGUGGAUGGCCCUCAGUUUUCUAUAUACUAGGACUCCUGGGUUGUGUUUGGUUCGUCUUCUGGCUCUGUUUGGCUUACAACACGCCUUCAGAUCACCCUAGAAUUUCCAAACAUGAGUUAGAUUACAUUCAAAAAGGACAUGUACAGAUGGGUGCUGAUCAGAAGACACCUGUUCCCUGGAGAAGCGUAUUAUGCAGUAUGCCUGUAUGGUCCAUAGCCAUAGUCACAUUUUGUGCCGCAUGGGGAUACACCACGCUUCUCACCAAGUUGCCUACAUACAUGGAAGUGGUAUUACAUGUGCCCAUACAAAAGAACGGAUUAGUGAAUUCCUUCAUCUAUGUUUGCACUUGUGCCACGCUCUUUGCAUCCGGGUAUCUGUCUGACUACUUACGCUCCAAGAAUAUAUCUGCGACUAAAAUUAGGAAGGGAUUCGAAGCAUUUGCUUUGUUUGGGCCGGCAGUAUGCACUGCUCUCAUUCCACUCGUUGGGUGCAAUAAAAAUGUCAUAAUAGCGCUCUUGGCACUUGCCAUGGCCUUCUUGGGGCUUUGUGGAGGUGGCCACGUUGCAAUGCCAUCUGACAUGGCUCCACAUCACGCAGCAACAAUAUUUGGGUUCGUUAAUGGAAUAGGUAGUACCGCAGGAAUAUUUUCUCCAUUAUUUGCUGGCUUUUUGUUGGAAAAUGCUCAUGCAAGUAUAGAUCAAUGGAGCGCUGUCUUCUACACUUCAGCUGGAUUCUACUUGAUCGGAGGUCUGGUUUUCUUGGUUUGGGCCUCAGCGGAGAAACAGCCCUGGGCUCAUGUUCCCUCUACAGAAAAGCUACUGAAACACGACGAAAUGACCAAUGAAAAAGUGAUUAACACGGACCUAGAAAGGAGCUUCCAAUAUGGAGCCAUUUCCUGAACAACUGUGAUCAAAAAAA